GUGUACCUAGCAAUAUUUUCUAACAUUCAGUAUAAAUUUAUAAUAUCCAAAAUUAUUUGUGAUUAUAAUAUCGGCGUGAUAGAAAAAAUAUCAUCGUCUUUUAUCCUCGGAAAUAACCAGACAAAUUUCGAACAUGCCAGUAGUUUUGUAUGUAUUGUUCAGGGUUUUUCAAUGAACAUAUGGAAUAGGUCGGGUAUUUCAACGAACAGUGCAAAAUUGGUUUUGGACCUUGGGAAAAUGGUUGUGUCUCACCAAACAGCUGAUAUCCGACCGCCUUAUAAAAGAACAUUGUUCAGCAUGCGUUCAGCGUCUAUUCGCCAUUUUAAAAAGAACGCCGAAGAAUCUGUUUGGGCUCAAGGAUCUUAUUCGGGAGUUAUAUUGCAAGUUCUUUCACCGUCAAACGAUUUGGACUCGAAUGAAUUUCUCAGCAUCUCGUGGAUUCAAACGAGCCGAAACGACCGAAGCGUUCAUAGUGCUGUGGAAGCAAUGUCGGCUAACGACGAUUAUUUAUUGCGAUUGUCGGUUAACUUGUUGUCGCUUGAAAUAAUUAUAUCACCUAUUAUCUUGAAUGAUUUUUUGAAAAUACUCGAACCUAUCCUUCAAGCGUUGGUGUAUUUCAAAAGCAAAUCGACGCGGCAUAGUGUAGAUCAGGCUGACGAAAUUUUUGAUAAAAAUACAAAAUCUACAUCUUCAGAACCACUGCAGUUGUUUGACGUUAACGUCGGGUUAAUAAGAAUAUUAUUCCCAAUCGACCAGGAAGACGAAGGAACUGAAAACGUGAACACUGUUGUAAUACAAAUAAAUUCAAUCGACGUAAACCCGUAUCCGGAUAACCCAAUUGCUAGAGCGCCGUUAAACGAGUAUGUUAUGAACAUAGAACACGAAAUAGACGAUUUGUUAAACGAUUCGGAAAAAGUCCACGAUAACCAGUGUCAGUUUAUGAUACAUGAUUUUUCAAUAAAAACCGGUAGCUGGUCGAAUGUCGUUGCCCAGAGCAUGGAAGAAGACCAAAUAUUUUCAUACUCACAAACCGAAAUGAGCGACGAAUAUUCAGGAGCUUUUGAAUACGAUUCUAUGAGUUCUAUUUCAACUGGAAAUAGUGCAAGCAGCGCGCUUAACGCGUUGCUGAAUAACGUAUCGAUUAGUUGUGUCUAUGCUCCAGCCAUUGUAGUCAGACCAGACAAUAAAUUAAUAUGCGGGAAACAUUUAGUGAUGAACAUAGUCAAUGAAAUCAUCAUAACAAUAUCCACCGAGCAGCUGUCAGUGCUGGUGGUUUUAUUUUCGCAAAUCGACAAUUAUAUUUUAAGUCAUAUUAAAGACAGUAAAUUACUGGAGAACGAUUUACAACCAAAACAAAUCAUUCCUAAUAGUUUUAGUGCGUCAAACAAAUGCAUAACGUCCUUAAUGACCAAUCAUCAGGAUGGACCGAAUGAAAUUCCUAUGGACAUUAUUAUUACAGGAAAUGACAUAAGUAUUUAUUUAUACAACUACACAAUUACUGACCAGAGCAAAAUUGAAUUUAAACCACUCUUAAUAAUUUCAAUUACGAUUCACAAGUCUAGUGUCGAGUUGCUUAACGAUUUAAUUAAAAUCAUGACGAUUUAUUCGAAUUUGUUACAAAAUUCUGAUGCUCAUUCUAUUAAAAACGAAUCAUCAACCAGUUCAGAACUCUGCGAUGAAGUAUUUAAUAAAAACGGACUACCGGAAAACAAUUUAAAGGAAUCUGAAGAUAUAAAUGAGUUAUAA